AGCAUUUGCGACACCAUGGAGAUUCCGCAUCUGGAAACGCGUUGGGACUAUCGGCUUAGACGGCAGAGCUGCCUCGUCAACCUUUAUCCGCAUCCCACCACACUCUCCAAGGCGUACGUUGAUUUGGUGAAAGCCUGGGGCUGGAAGAGCUUUACCAUCAUCUACGAGAACAACGAAGGGUUGGUGCGGUUACAGGAACUCUUGAAGGCACACGGACCCAGUGAAUUCCCUAUUACGGUCAGGCAACUCAGCGAGGGCUCCGAGUAUCGGCCGUUGCUGAAACAAAUAAAGAACUCUGCUGAGUCUCAUAUUGUACUGGAUUGCUCUACGGAGAGGAUUUACGACGUGUUGAAGCAGGCGCAGCAAAUAGGAAUGAUGAGCGACUACCACAGCUACCUCAUCACCUCAUUGGACCUGCACAGUGUCGACCUAGAGGAAUUUAAGCACGGCGGGACCAAUAUCACUGCCUUUCGAUUAGUGGAUCCGGAGAAGCCAGAAAUUCAGAAGGUUGUACAAGAUUGGAUCUUUGGUGAGAAGCGUUUUAAUCGAGAACUCGAUAUGGGACAAAGCUCCAACAAGAACAAUCUCACCUGCAUAAAGACUGAAACCUCGCUGAUGUACGACGCAGUGCACCUAUUCGCGAAAGCUCUGCACGAUCUGGACACGUCGCAACAGAUAGACAUCAAGCCGCUUUCCUGCGAAUCCACCGAUACUUGGCCUCAUGGAUAUUCCCUCAUAAACUAUAUGAAAAUCGUCGAGAUGACGGGGUUGACCGGAAUCAUUAAGUUCGAUCAUCAAGGAUUCCGCUCGGACUUCAUUUUGGAUAUCAUCGAACUUAAUAACAAAGACGGUUUGAAAAAAAUAGGAACCUGGAACAGCACAAAGGGUAUAAACUUCACUAGAAGUUACAAAGAGGAAUAUAUUCAGAUCGUCGAGAAUCUUCAGAAUAAGACUUUCAUCGUGACGACCAUUCUGAGUGCACCAUACUGCAUGCGGAAGGUCUCGAGCGAGAAGCUAUCCGGAAACGCACAGUUCGAGGGCUACAGCGUCGACUUGAUUUUCGAGAUAUCGAGAAUCCUCGGCUUCAAUUACACGUUCAGAUUGGUGCCGGACGGACGGUACGGAUCCUAUAACAAGCAGACGAAAGAGUGGGACGGUAUGAUGAAAGAACUGCUUGAUCAGAAGGCCGAUCUAGCGAUCGCCGAUCUCACCAUCACGUACGAACGGGAACAGGCCGUAGACUUCACCAUGCCCUUCAUGAAUUUAGGAAUCAGCAUACUGUACCGUAAGCCCAUAAAGCAACCGCCGAAUCUAUUUUCGUUUCUCAGCCCUCUAAGCCUCGACGUUUGGAUUUACAUGGCGACAGCUUAUCUCGGCGUUUCUGUGCUGCUCUUCAUACUCGCCAGAUUCACACCGUACGAGUGGUUCAAUCCUCAUCCGUGCAACAAAAACCCGGACCAUCUGGAGAAUCGCUUCAAGCUGCUCAACUGUAUGUGGUUCACCAUCGGGUCCUUAAUGCGGCAGAGCUGUGACAUUCUGCCCAAGUUCAGCCCCUACGAGUGGGAGAAUCCCCAUCCGUGCAACGGACAGUCCGAGGUCCUCGAGAACGAGUUCACCCUGAUGAACUCGCUUUGGUUCACCAUAGGCUCGCUCAUGCAGCAAGGCUCUGAUAUAGCGCCGAAGGCCGUGUCAACUCGCAUCGUGGCUGGGAUGUGGUGGUUCUUCACUUUGAUCAUGAUUUCAUCGUACACUGCCAACUUGGCCGCGUUCCUCACCGUGGAAAGGAUGGAUUCGCCGAUCGAGGGAGCCGAGGAUCUUGCAAAGCAGACGAAAAUCAAAUACGGGGCUCUCAAAGGAGGCAGCACCGCAGCCUUUUUCAGGGAUUCCAAUUUCUCGACGUACCAGCGCAUGUGGUCCUUCAUGGAUUCGGCAAAGCCGACGGUAUUUACAACCAGCAACGUCGAGGGCGUGGAGCGAGUGAUCAAGGGUAAAGGCAGCUACGCGUUCCUAAUGGAAUCCACUUCUAUCGAAUACGUAAUCGAGAGGAACUGCGACCUGACUCAAGUUGGCGGUCUCUUGGACUCGAAAGGAUAUGGCAUCGCAAUGCCACCAAAUUCGCCGUACAGGACGGCCAUAAGCGGUGCAAUUCUGAAGCUACAGGAAGAGGGGAAGCUGCACUUGCUGAAGACGCGCUGGUGGAAAGAGAAACGCGGCGGUGGAUCCUGCAGGGACGAAACAUUGAAGAGCAGCUCGACGGCGAACGAGCUUGGCCUCGCAAAUGUCGGUGGUGUGUUCGUGGUUCUGAUGGGCGGGAUGGGCAUCGCUUGCGUGAUAGCAGUAUGCGAGUUCGUCUGGAAAAGCCGAAAGGUGGCCAUCGAGGAACGGAAGCAGAAAUCCUCGGGGAAACCGAUCUGCGAAGCUUUUACCGAUCUACACUAGCGGGCGUUAUAGCGAUCCGGUUCGAAAAAAGUACAGAUUCCUAAGACCGAAAACCCCGUAUUUGAUCCAAUGGACCUAAAGAAGAACUCUACCAUGAGUGAUCGAGAACUGUAUGAAACACUGACAGACACAAACUGUAGAAAGUUGAAACGAAACGUAUAAUCAAAACAAGGAGCAACGAUACUCGACCUUUCCAAUUUUUCGAGCCCUUCGAGAAUCCCGCGCGUAAUCAUGUCAGAAAAUUAAAAAAAAAAAAAAGCUAAUUACGAUCGAGUAAAUUUCUAUAUCGUUGAACGUUUAAUAAUUUCUAAAGAAUUUCACUUUUCUU